UUUGGACUGAGCGUCAUUCUCAAUGAGCGCUUGGCGUUUCGUCAGUCCAUCGUGUUUUGAAAUACGGCAGCCCUCUCGGUCUUUAUUCCUUUGCUUCAAAAUGAAUCACAUGUUCGGCUGAAUCUUCGUGGUGUAAGUUAACGUUACGCAGAAGAAAACGGUUAACAUGAAAUGGAGAUCACUCGGGCCAGACCGUCAUUGUAUGGAGAAAUCGCUCAUGGUCUUGGAUUCUGGACGGACCGCUCAGCAGUGCAUGAGGCCGCUGCACAGGGCAGGGCCCUCCAGCUGAAGCAGCUGAUCGAAGGAGGUGCAGCAGUUAAUAUCGUGGCAGUCGACUCCAUCACCCCCUUGCAUGAGGCGUGCAUACAGGGACAGACCCAAUGCGUCAGACUGCUGCUAGAUGCUGGUGCACAGGUGGAUGCUCGUAACAUCGAUGGCAGCACUCCGUUGUGUGAUGCCUGUGCCGCUGGUAGCCUGGAAUGUGUGAAGCUGCUGCUGGAGUAUGGAGCAACAGUUAAUCCUCCACUGUUUACCUUCUCACCUCUUCAUGAGGCUUGCAUGGGAGGUAAUUCAGAUUGUGUUCAGCUCAUGAUUGAUCAAGGAGCUUUCAUGGAGGCCCAUGACUGCCACUAUGGGACGCCGCUUCAUGUAGCCUGUGCGAGGCAACAUUAUGACUGCGCCAAAGUUCUCCUCAAUGCAGGGGCAAAUGUGAAUGCUGCCAAGCUACAUGAAACGGCCCUUCAUCAUGCAGCCAAAACAAAGAACACUGACUUGAUUGAUCUACUUGUCGAGUUUGGGGGGAACGUGUACGCCCGGGAUAACCUGAACAAAAAACCAAUCCACUACACCAGCGUCGAUUCUCCCUCUUAUCUCUGCCUUGAGUUCUAUGAGAAAAACCCCCUCAGUCUACAGCAGAUCAGCAGAGUGGCUGUGAGAGUGACUCUUGGCACCAGAGCACGUGAAGUUUCCAAGCUGAACUUGCCCAAUCGCAUCAUAAGUUUUCUUUCUUACUUGCCACCUCCAGUUAUUGACAUUGAAUCACCUAUGGAAAACAGUGUUUAGAAAGUUAAAUCUAGACCAGUUAUGUCUGCUGGCUCGAUGGUUCUCUCUCUGGGAAGUCAAGUUGGCAGAAAUGCAAUGUCGUAACACAGCCAGACUAGUCAGGUGCAGAGAAAUGUCUUAACUUUAAAUAAGCUGACUGUUCACCCAAGCAAAUUAAAAAGUGCUUUAUUUUCUUAUUAACUUAAACCUGCAUGAACAGAUUUUUUGACCAUUUUGGAACAGAAAGACAGCCUUUGUGUAUAUACCAUCAGCUUGUCAAUGUUAUGGCUAAGCUGUAAGCAAACAACUGUCUACUGAUACAGCCAGCAGAAACGGGAACAUCUCACCAAAUGAGAUGCAACCUCCCGGGGCUGAAAAAAGAAGCCAACACGGAAGUGCCAAAAGCUUCUUGAAUGGCCACUUGAUGCUGGCUCCAAAAGCAAGUCAAUCCCCAUAAUGUGAAAUGUAAGUGUGAUUUCAUCAUAGAUCCCAUAACACCUUAUUGAACCUGGAGGGAACAUGUAGUUCAUCACUGUAUGUAUUUGUAUAAACACUGUAACUAUUUAUUUUUAAUGUAACUUUGUAAAUACAGAUGGUGUGUUCUACUUCUUUAUAAAUUGUGUAAAUAAAUAGACCCCUACUGGAAAACAA